GAGUGCGCUGCGGCUUCCGAAGGCGUACUGACUUCAGGGUGCAUAGAGCGAUGUUCACAGUGAAACCUGGUGGCAGUGGUUUCACUGCAUGCGUGCAAUCUGCUCGCUCACGUCUGAUGUAUUUCCGAGGUGGGCGUAGCUGCGUUUGAGGCGUACUAACGGAAAUGUUCCGGCGUAUAAAUAGGGGUGAACUCCUGCAUUUUGGACCGUCGUCGGUGUCUUGCGCAUUCUAACACCCCGUGCUUUCAUACAAAGUCGACCGAAGAAGCAUCAAAGAUGUGGCGCCUUUCUCUCAUACUCUUGGUUGCAAUUGCCGCUGCCGUAGUGGUCAGCGCUGACAGGAGACUGCCCAAGUUCAAUUUCCGUCCGAGGCCUAGCCGCUUCCGCUAUGACGUAAACGUUGGUGCAGGGGGUCGCAAUCUGCGCAACUUCGAAGGUGGCGCAGAAGUGCGCGGCGAAUACGACGUCUAUCGCGCACAGAACGGUGCCAAGGUGGUCGUCGGUGGAGGCGUCUCGCAGGAUGUGCUGCGCCAACAAGGAAAGACCUACAAGGGCAAGCCGGACGCCAACGUCGGCAUCGGAGUUGAAAUACCCAUCGGGAAAUGAAACACAUAUUAUGUCCUUGUAUUUAAUUAAAAACAACGCCAGUGCACCAAACGUACUGCUGUGUUAAGCUAUAGUAUUCUUACGUUGUGUGUCAUAAACAGAGCUCAUA